CAGAACACAAACUUAUAGAACCACCAACCAGCUGGCAGGAUGGGACAGUUUCUGGAUCUCAUGGACCAAGACCCUCUCUCGGUGUUUAGGGACUCACAAUGGCAAACUGAGAUCAUCUAAAGCACAAAGAGUGAAGGGUGGGAUAGCAUCAAAAAAGGCAGAGCUUGCAGGUACCAUAGAUGGGGCGCUGGAUGUAUUACCUUUGCUGUAAUGUUCUAGGUUUAUUGAUACUGCUUCAGUUUUUGACCGUGAGCUGGACUCCUUUCUUAGAAGCAACAGUUUUUCCUUCUUCUGUGCCCCAUGUCAAACCCAGCUACAGUUUUGGCCGGACUUUCCUGGGACUCGAUAAAUGUAAUGCCUGCAUCGGAACAUCGAUUUGCAAGAAAUUCUUUAAAGAAGAAAUAAGGUUUGACAACUGGCUUGCUUCUCAUUUAAAACUGCCUCCCGACUACCUUCCCAGUUACUCCGGGAACUACACAGAUGAUGCCAAGAGCUGGCGGCUGGUUGAGAUCUCCAGGCUAACCACCAAAUACCAGCAUGACCAAGCUGACAAGAGAAUCUGUGCUUCCCUUUCCAAGGCAAAAAGCUGCAGCAUCGAGCGUGUCUUGAGGAAGACGGAGAGAUUCCAAAAGUGGCUGAAAGCAAAGCGCCUCACACCAGACCUCGUGCAGCUCCAGAAUUCAUCACUUUCAGCAUCAGAGUUCACAUCACGUGCUGCUUGUUUUUUUCGGUGUGAGGUGAACAAUAAAAAAGUCGGCUAGUUUCAGCAGAGAUCUCCUGCAGGGCAAAUUUCUAAUUCUAACAACAAAGAACAGCAAAGAAAAGGCUUGAGGCACCAAAGAUGUGAACAAUAUCAAGGUACAAGAAAAAACCCUCAAGUUUUUCAACUUGCCCAUUUUGCACAUAUAAGUUAUAAUGUGAAGCUGUUAAUCAGCAUGAUAGUCCUGCUGCCACCACAUAACCACCAUCUUUAGGUAUCUGGCCCCUGAGGAGCAACCUUUAAAACCUCACUUUGGUCAUUAAAUGUCAGCAAGUGGUUCAUUCAUCUAAUGUCUAGUCCUUUGUAGGAAAGUAUUUUUGAUCUACAGCCAUCUCCCAGACCAAUCUCUUUUUGACUUAUUGCCUUGUUACUAGAGAUGUGCCUGAACCAAACCUCCAGGUCUGAACAGACCUGAACUUUAAGUGGAGAAUAAUGCUGGAAUCUGAAGCUGGAACAAGAUCCUGAUUUUUGCAAUAGUCCUCUAUCUCCGUCAUGGGCUGAACCAAAGUCUCAGAUUCAAACAUGCAAAACCUAUGGGUGGUUUGAAAUCCAGAUUCAAAUUUUUUGCAGCCUGGAUUCAUUUCUAAUUGUAUUAAUUCACAUAAUAUACAUAGCAGUCACUCCUUAGUGUGAACUGCAGAUGGCAGUGAUUCAGGAUUGAGUUUAUCCCUUCCUUGACUGUUUGGUAGUACUUUGUGAUUGUGAUAGUAUAAAGACAGGAUGGUUGUGCUGCAGAGGUCUCUUCUGUGUCAGGAAGAGCUCUGAGUCUGUUUGCACAAAUAAGCACACACACACACCAAUUUGUAUUCUUGUAUUCGCUGCCAGGGCCGGCACUAGGA